ACAGCAGUGGCAAACAGAAGCAGAGAUACAUCAGCGUCGCCAUGGCCAGUGCAGCGGAUGGAAUUGGGGGUUUAGGUACAGAACAGACUCACCUCAAUGUGCCGGUGGCAGACCCAGGUGCUUGGGCGACAGCCAUGAACAACUUGGGCAUUGUUCCAAUGAGCCUAACCGGGCAGCAGCUAGUGUCAGAUUCCAUCUGCAUUCGGGCCUUUGACCCUAACCUGGGCAUUAUUGCACCCAUCAACCCCAUGAUGGCAGGGAUCAGUCUGGUGCCUCCACCACCUGUGCAGCCUGAGCUACCUGUAAUCAAAGAGAUCAUCCACUGCAAGAGCUGUACACUCUUCCCCCAGAACCCCAAUCUGCCACCUCCGUCCACCAGAGAGCGGCCUCCUGGCUGUAAAACAGUGUUUGUUGGUGGACUCCCGGAGAAUGCAAGUGAAGAGAUUAUCCGAGAGGUGUUUGACCAGUGUGGUGAAAUCAUUGCUAUCCGCAAGAGCAAGAAAAACUUCUGCCACAUUCGAUUUUGUGAGGAGUUCAUGGUGGACAAGACCAUUUAUCUGUCUGGUUAUCGGAUGCGCAUCGGUUCCAGCACUGAUAAGAAGGAUUCAGGUCGCAUCCAUGUGGACUUUGCACAGGCGAGGGAUGACUUGUAUGAGUGGGAAUGCAAACAGAGGUUACUGGCACGAGAAGAACGGCACCGUCGCAAAAUCCAUGAAGAUCGUUUAUUACCUCCCUCGCCCCCUCCCAUAAUGCACUACUCAGAGCAUGAGGCAGGCCUGCUGGCUGAAAAAUUAAAAGAUGACAGCAAGUUCACUGAUGUCAUAGCAGUGCUGUCUACAUGGAUAGAAAGAGGCGAGGUGAACCGGCGGACAGCCAAUCAUUUUUAUUCCAUGAUCCAGUCAACCAACAGCCACGUGCGGUGCCUGAUGAACGAAAAGGCCCAACAUGAGGAUGAAAUGGAGCAAGCCAAAGAGCACUUCAAGAACUCGCUGCUUGUCAUCCUCACCCAAUUUGAGCAGAUAAUGGCCGUAUUCAUCGCUGCCACCCGUCAAAAGGCAUGGGACCAUUUCUCAAAAGCACAGCGCAAGAACAUAGACAUUUGGCGAAAACAGUGUGAGGAGCUGAGAAAUGCUCACAGUGAGGAGAUUAUGGGAAUUCGAAGAGAAGAAGAGAUGGAGAUGUCAGAUGAUGAUUUGGAGGAAAACCCCUGUAAGAAAGUUCGAAUGGAUAACACAGCCCUGGCUACACACUCAUAUGGCCUGCGAGAAGAGAAUGACAGUCUGCGCUGGCAGUUGGAUGCCUACAGAAAUGAGGUAGAACUGUUGAAAAAGGAUCAAGAAAGGGUGCAACAUCCUGAAGAUGAGCAUGGUCAUGAUCAACAGCUCAGCUUACUCCAGCAGAGCAUGCACAGCAUGCAGCAGCAACUGCUUAGGCUCCAGAAUGAGUUGAAGCGGAAGGAGCUGGAGUUGGAGCAAGCCAGAGACGAGCAGCACUACUUGGAGGGAGAGAUCUCUAGACUUAGAGAAAAGCUUUUAAACAGCACAGACUCUGUGGAGGGGACAAACCUCACCAAUGACCAUUCAGAAAAGGCAGUGAAUGGAACUGCAGCACUCUAUCACCUUCAAGAAAAGAGCAAUGAGGGGAUGAUGCGAGGUCCUCUGAGAUCAGAGAAAGAAGCUCUGUUACUUGGAGUUAUUUCAACCUUCCUUCAUGUCCACCCAUUUGGGGCCAACAUUGAGUAUCUGUGGUCGUACAUUCAGAGGCUUGAUGCAAAGAUCUCAGCCAGUGAGCUGGAGCGGCUGAUGUUGCGACUGCCCAACAUGUUCAAGCAGGAGUUUAGUGGUGUGGGUGCCACUCUGGAGAAGCGCUGGAAGUUCUCUGGCUUCGAGGCCCUCAGCUCAAUGCAAUCAAAGCUGAAAGCUGACACUAAGGUUGCUGAAUCUGCAAAUACUAUGCCUUUGUAA